AUGGAUGCUGACGAAUUAGAAUUAAAAAAAAACUUAAGAAUUUUAAAAAAGGAGGAGCUGCUUAAAAGGAAGCUAUCAAAAGGGAGUAAUGACCGAAAGAGAGACGUCGCAUACAAGAACAAUUCCAAGACUAGCUCAAUAUAUAUAUCAGAUCUUCCCACGGAAAGGAUAACAAAAGAGGAACUGACGGAACAGUUUUCCAAGUAUGGAGUAAUAAGAAUGAAUCGGGAUGGUAAACCCCAUUGCAAGCUAUAUGUGAACGAUAAAGGUAUUCCCAAAGGAGAUGCUUUGAUUAUUUACUCUAAAGAAGAGAGUGUCACAUUAGCAAUUGAAAUGAUGAAUGAGUCGAAUUUCUUGGGAAAGAAAAUCAAGGUAGAGAGAGCCCAAUUCGAUGACAGAGAGAGUAUCAAUAUAGACAACAAGGAAAAUAGUACCAAAGCGCCGGGCGAAUCAGAACGACCAGUAAAAAGACUGAAACCAACUAACUUCAAAGAUGAUGGGGAGACUGUAGACUAUAAUGACGAUGAAAGCCUGGCCAAAGCUGACCGAACUGUGGUACUUGCCAAUGUGUUCGAUAUUUAUAAACAGUACACACAAGACGACAUCAAUGACAUAAAAGAAGAUCUGUUGGAUGGUUUUCAGGAAAUUGGCCAAGUGGACAACCUUUCUGUAUCUACCGAUAAAGGAAAGGCAACUGUUGUUUUCAAGAGAAGUAAAGAUGCCCUAGAAUGUUGUAAAACCAUGAAUGGACGUUAUUUUGACGGCCAAAAGUUACUUACAUUCAUGUUAGGAGACGAUUAUGCUUCAGAAAUCAAUCGCGAGAGUGAAGCAAGUGAUGUGGAAGAUGAUUUGAUAGAGAUUGGCGAGAGAUAA